CUUUAAGCCGCUUUAUUUUUUAAGCAAACAUCAUGGUACGAAUUAUGAAGACUAUUCUACUACCCGCCAGAGAAAGACCACGAAUAAACGUAUAUCAAUGCUAAAGAUGAGUAACUUCUCAAAGAAUUUAACAAGGAAGUUAAACUUGAAGUAGCCGAACAUGUAGAUGGCUUCCUUUUCCACAGCGAUAUACAACAACAGCUAGAUGGGCCUUUGUCUAGUGCUCUACAAGCAAAACAUUUAUGAAGUUCCAAGAUUAAAUGUAGGAAAUGGACAGCAAGCGAAACAAUCAACAGGGGGUUCGUACAGUAUAUCAGAUAAGGAUACUGAGCAUCUUCGAAACAACGCAAAGCCAACAGCAUUCAUAUAUCAAGACCUGCGGCAAGCACAUGAGUAUCAAGAUAAAGAAGAACUUCGCAGGAACAUAGGACAGCUCCGUCGAUAUAUCAUCUGCAGAUUUUACACCAGCAAAGAAGUGUAUAGAGAAACAAAAAUAAGUACAUUUAAAGCCAUAGACUUUUUAACAAUACCCGUUACUUGGGGAAAGAUGAACCAAGUAAAAAAAAAAGUAUGCUUUGGAUACAGAAAGAGUCGAAAAGAUUCAAAAAGAAAAAAAAUACAGCUAUAACAUCUUGCGAAAC